CUUUUUGUCUGGGAUUAUGCCGUUUUCUCGAAAUUGGACAUGCCCUGAUAUUAAUAGAUAUCAUCACUAGAGCCAUUGCUGGUGGGAAACCAAAACCCGCCUUCUCCCCACAGACUCGGCGAUAGCGAUUGCACGCGACACAGCUUCGCUCUCCAAGUCCCCCUGCUCUGCGCAAUUGCUCUAUGAAACUCGCCAAAAUGGAGGCCCUCUUUUCAAUUCCGAUGCUAUCGCUAUUCCUCGUUCCCGUCCUGUCAUCGUACAGCACCAGCCUGAACCUACUUUUUCUACAUGACAUGGACGACCCUGGUACUGUCGCAUCCCCCACUCCGAGUGGAACUAUUCGGCACAGCCGCUGUGCGCUUAUUAUUCUAUGCGCUACCAUCUAUCAUCUUCUUCGCCUUCGAUGUCCUAACCCCGUCGGCUGCGGUGGUCCUCAAGGCGCAAGGCGAAACCGGACUGCCUAGCGGAAAGAAGAACGGCAAGAUCCGAACCCGGGAAUUCAAGAUUGCCGGAUGGGCGCUGUUGAAUAUAUGCUUGGGCAUCGCUGCACAGGCAGCCAUCGAGUCGCUGCUUGUAAAGGGCUUGGGCGUGCGCAGUGCGAUCAAGGUGUCGCUGAAGCUUCCUAUGCCAUAUGAGAUGUUCAAGGAUAUGGUCCGGGGAAUGCUGGGAAGAGAGAUUCUUAGUUACGUCCUCCACCGCUACGUCCUCCACUCGAAGAACUCAAAAAAUCCCCUUGCCAAAUAUCACCAGACUUGGUAUCAUGCGCUGAAGGCUCCUUUCCCUUUAACUGCGCACUAUGACCACCCGCUCACCUACAUCAUAUCCACGUUCAUCCCGACCUACCUGCCUGCUAUGCUCUUCCGCUUCCAUAUGCUUACAUAUCUUUUGUACCUGUCCAUUAUCUCCAUUGAGGAGACCUUUGUUUAUUCCGGGUAUACUAUUAUGCCGACCAGCUUCUUUUUGGGUGGCAUUGCUCGCCGCACGGAUAUGCAUCUGUUGUUGGGUGCGGAGGGUAAUUUCGGACCGUGGGGGAUUUUGGAUUGGGUUUUUGGAACUACUGUUGGGGAUACGGAUUUAGAGGAUGAUAUUAUGGAUGAGCUUGAGGAGCAUGAGAUCGAGGAUAAAAUGAGGAGAGCUGUUCAGUCUUCGAAGCGGAAGAUUAAGGCUGGGGCUUCGGGGAGGCGGAGACGACGCGAUGAGUAAUGAGUUCAUGGGCAACGAUUGAAUUUAUAAUUCAGAGCUGCUCCUUUUGGAAUGAUUUUGGUG